AUGUACAAAGCAGAACUACUACCGAUGCAACAUGACCAAAAAAGGCUAUCUGAAAAAUAUCGAGACUAUUUAGAAUAUUUAGCUAUACAUCUUGAAAAAGUGCUUUGCAGUCAAAUGCAUCUCCUUUACAAGUUAUGCAUAAAGAAAAUGAGAGUCUACAAUAGUAGGAACUAAUACCCAAAGAGAUUAUUCAGACAAUACCACUGCCACUAAAGAGGAAAAAUUGUGAAAUUCUCAUGACAGGAUGUAUUGCAAAUUCUGAAAGAGGAUAAGUUGCUAGAUCAGAAAGAGUCUAUUCACUCUAAUAAGGAACUAUUGUAGCUUGUUCUAGUUUAUUGGUGGUUUAUAAGUGUUAUAAGAAUGGACAAAGUUGGUGCACAAAAAUAUGAUGCAUACAAAGAUAUAGCGUGUGUAUACAAACAAAUCCUUAGUAAGCUUAAGAUUUCACAGAUUAUAAAUCAACUUGUAGAUUUUGAAAGGUUGAAUCUGUAUUUAUUGCUGCAAUCGCUUGUAAAAAUUACAAUACUCAUGAUACUGCUACAAUAGAUUAAUAGAAUUUUGAUUAUUUUAGUCAUGAGAUCCUUGAUAGUAAAAACAUUUUUCAUUUUGUUAUUUUGA